GACGUCACUUCUCGUCUCCCGUGCUGCAUUAUUCCCCGUAAAAAACAGCGCCGUACUUCGGCCCAUUAAUUACGUGUGCUAGCGAUCGUGGGGGUGUGCGCACGCACGUUUUUCCACUCGGCCGCAGAGGAGGGCGAAAGGCUGGCGGGGCGGAGAAGAGACGACGACGGCAAGCCAGACGAGCAGCGCCGCUGUCAGGAAACACACGUCCACGCACGUCCACGCACGGCGAAGGGAGCCCGCGUAAGCAGCCGGACGAGGACGUCUCCGCCCGCGUAAUUUACCAUGACAACCAAAUCAGGCGCCGACUCUGAGGCCCGGCAGCAGCAGGAGGACCAGCCAGAGCAGCUUCCUCCCGCCGUGGGACACAGCACCCCGGCCAGGAAAGACCAGGAGCAGCAGGAAGGAGACCAAGUGUCCCGCCAGUCGUCCACCAGUCUGUCCAGGUCUCCUUCAAAAGGAGCCAAGAAGGCGAAGAUCAUGCAAUGUAAAGUGACACUGCUGGACGGCUCCGACUUCACCUUCGAUGUGGAGAAACGGGUCAAGAGCCACGUUCUCUUCGACAAAGUGUGCGAUCACCUCAACCUGCUGGAGAAGGACUACUUUGGCAUCACGUACAGAGAUGUGGAGAAUCAGAAGAACUGGCUGGACCCUUCCAAGGACCUCAAAAAGCAGAUCAGGACUUUGCCCUGGAAUUUUGCCUUCAAUGUGAAGUUUUACCCCCCCGACCCCUCACAGCUGACAGAAGACAUCACCAGGUACUACCUGUGCCUGCAAUUGAGAGACGACGUGGUUUCGGGCCGCCUGCCUUGUUCCUUCGCCACACACACUGUCCUGGGCUCGUACACGGUGCAGUCGGAACUGGGUGACUACGACCCAGAGGAGCUGGCCAGCGACUACAUCAGCGAGCUGCGCUUCGCACCCAACCAGACCAAAGAGCUGGAGGAGAAGGUCAUGGAGCUCCACAAGACCUACAAGGGGAUGACGCCAGCAGAAGCUGAAAUCCAUUUCCUGGAGAAUGCCAAGAAGCUGUCCAUGUACGGCGUUGAUCUUCACCAUGCCAAGUUGGUAGGCUUGGCUCAUGCCGAGGCACAGGACUCUGAGGGUGUGGAGAUCAUGCUGGGGGUGUGCGCCAGUGGCCUCCUCAUCUACAGGGACAGGCUGCGCAUCAACAGGUUCGCCUGGCCCAAAAUCCUCAAGAUCUCCUACAAGAGGAACAACUUCUACAUCAAAAUCCGGCCUGGCGAGUUUGAGCAGUUUGAAAGCACCAUCGGCUUCAAGCUUCCGAACCACCGUGCAGCCAAGCGGCUGUGGAAGGUUUGUGUGGAGCACCACACCUUCUUCAGGCUGGUGUCCCCCGAGGCGCCCCCGAAGAAGUUCCUCACCAUGGGCUCCAAGUUCCGCUACAGCGGCAGGACGCAGGCUCAGACCCGCCGUGCCAGCUCACAGAUCAUUCGACCCGCCCCCUUCUUCGAACGGUCGGCCAGUAAACGCUACACCAUGUCCCGCAGCUUGGACGGAGCACCCAUCACGGAGAACCAUGAGACCCUGAUGAAGGACAGCGACGGGGCGGCCAGGGGAGACAUCAUCACCACCAUCACCACAGAGAAGAAGGCGGAGGAGGAGAAGGCGGAGCAGGAGGAUGCACGCGGGGACGCCGCCGCCACGACACCACUCAGACAGGAAGUCAAGCACUCGCCCUGUGUGUUCACCAGCACCCCCCUCAGCUCUGAGCUCUCACUCCCUUCAUCCCCCCUGCUGUCCACUCAAGUACGGCGGCGCCGCAGGGAGAGCACGCGCAAACGGGCCUCAUCGGUGAGCCCGGUCAAGAACAAUGGCGGCCGCCGCCGCCAGCAGGCACGCUCGGAGCGCAAGGAGGCCCUGCUGGAGGAGCGGGCGCUGCUGCUGUCGGCCCGCAAGCGGCGGCUCGAGCAGGGCAAGGCGCGCAGCGGCACGCUUUUCUCCUUCUCGCUGCACCUGCCCGACUUGGCGGCCAUCUUGGACGAGGACGGCUACAUCAGCUUCCCCGAUCUGUCCGAGAUGCGCUUCCUCCCGGAGUGCGCGCACAACUUCCUGCCCAUCAAGUCUCCUUCGCUCAUCCCCUGCUUUCUCUUCAUCUUCUUCUUCUUGCUGUCCACCUCCUUCUCCGUCCCCUACGCCCUCACCCUCUCCUUCCCCCUGGCGCUGUGCCUCUGCUACCUGGAGCCCAAGGCAGCCUCCCUGACCGCCUGCAUAGCCCAGGGCUACCAUGACCAUGACAGUUCAGAGGAAGAUGAGACCGACAGCGAACAGACUGACUUCGCCCUGGACGGAGAUAUGACGGCCACGGAGUCGGAUGCAGAUGAGGACUCUGAGGUGCGCACCCAGUCUGGUGUCCUUAGGCGAGUAAAAGAGGAAGCGGUAUUUGUCAAGCACGGUAAUCUGAUGUUGGAGGACAUGGAGCCCCCUCCGGAGAUGGUCAAGCACCAGGCCAACAUCAGCGAGCUCAAGCGCUCCUUCCUGGAGAUGGACGCUGCUGCUCCCGGCCUUACGGAAUGGGACAGGAGACUUUCCUCGUCCCCGGCUCGCGAAGCGCCCAUGAUCGAACCUCUGGACCUGCAGGACAAUGAAGACGGGGUCCUUGCUGGAACUGCGAGAAAGGAGGAACCCAAAGCCACGGAGGCGGCAGGAGAUCUGCUGAUUUGCGGCACAGAUAGUGAAGCCGCCCCCGAGCCACGGGGGAUUAGCCCGCCCACUGCUGUGGACGGGGGCCUUUUCCAGGACGGGAUGGCCGGGCAGGCUGAGGAGAAAAGCCCAGAUUCCCAGGAGGAGUUGUCCGAGAAAUCUCUGGCCAAGGUGAGCCCAGGAUCCGUCAGGGAGGAGGUGUCCCAGGCCAUCAUAGACAAGCGAGGCAUGCUCAUCAUCCUGAAGGAGGCUGAAGACAAAGAACAUCUCCAGACGGUCAUCCAAGCCAGAAGUCCCUCCGUCAAGAAGAUGGAGACGCUGAUGGAAGACAUGUCUCACAUUAAAGCCGUGGGCUCACCCAAGAAGGCCAUGGCCUCCUGGGUGUCGGAGGUGCUGAAGGCGGAGGAGUCUGAGGUCUUCAGCGUGUUGACGGAGGAGAUGAAGACUUUUGAGGAGUCUGGCCAGAAAGCGGACGCCGUCCAAGAGCAGUCAGAGACGGACGUGGCUCACAUUCCACUCCCAGAGACGACAGCCUUGGCUGUGGUAACUGCAACCCUUGGACGCCUUUCUUCCUCCUCGUGCCAAAAGGUACCAGCUGGUCCAGACCAGAAGGCGGUCUUUACCACGGAGACCGACGCGCACCAUGACCAGGAUGUGAUCGGCCUGAAGGAGACCCCUGUGAUCCACACGGAGACCAAGACCAUCACCUACGAAUCUGGAGCGGGCGACAUGAACGGCGACGCCGACCCGGGCGUGCUGCUGAGUGCCCAGACCAUCACCUCUGAGACCACCAGCACCACCACCACCACACACAUCACAAAGACCGUGAAAGGGGGGAUCUCAGAGACCAGAAUUGAGAAACGGAUCGUCAUCACAGGAGACUCCGACAUCGACCACGAUGAGGCUCUGGCUCAGGCCAUAAAGGAGGCUAAAGACCAGCAUCCUGACAUGUCAGUGACCAAAGUAGUGGUACAUAAAGAGACAGAGAUCACGCCUGAGGAGGGGGAGGACUGACCCAGAACUGAUGGCUGCAUCCAACAAUCCCACCGUUGAUCCAGGAAUAGAAAGCCGCCCCUUUUCCUCCUCCAAAUGUUGCAGCUUGCCCCCUGGUGGCGACCAUCCGACCUGCAAAAAUACAGACCACUGCAUGACGCCACAGCCGCCGGGCGUUAAUAUUCAUAUUCCAUACCUCCUGUUUAAAAAGCGAUGACGAAUAAGCAGCAAGGUGGAUCGGCGCCUUAAGACAUGAAUGCAUUUCCACGGUUCGAUUCCAUCUUCUUAUCGAUGGCGUCCAGCUGCAGGCUCAAUUCUUCCGUCAGCAAUAUUCCGCCUUCCGUGCUCCAACAGUCCGAUGUUGCCUAGCAGGUUUGCUCAGCGAAAAGGGGCUUUUGUUUCACCAUUUGUGUUGUCAUGGAAACCAUGACGUCUCAGACCAGACCAGGCUUGACGGAAAGGAAGGAAGAUGCUAGCGUACCCGCGCCAGGCUGUCAGGGUCCCGCCAGCGUGAGGCCUCAACCUCAUGCGACUCCGCCUCCACCUGCCGUUAAGCCAACGCCGUGCGCCUCCUCGCUUCUCAGAGCACCAAAGUAUCGUCUCUUCACGUUUCCUUCUCCUGAUUGGUCAGAUGACAACAUGGCCGACGUCGGUGUCUUUCUUUUCAAUCGCUUGCCGAUGAAUUAAAAGUUGAUUUCACAACUGAAACGUGAUAUCAUUUCUUUCUUUUUAUAUUCUUGG